GAAAAUAAAACGAGAUUUAUUUGCUGCAUCAGUUCCCCUCGAGUUGGGAAAAUCUCGACUCCGUCGAGAUAGCAUCCUGAUAUCUCUGGUACAAGUCCUCUCGAAGUUGGCGCAACUCCGCCUCAGAAAUCCAACUGCUAUCGGACAAUGGUCGUCCACGCCAACACACCAAGUAUCGGUGAUGAGUACCACGUCGCGUCGCUGACUCGCGCACAUCCAGAAUAUCCUCCACGCCAUUUGAUGGAGUUUCGAUGUCAGAGCGAGAUGUCGAGCUAUCAAUAUCGACAGUAGAGGGGGCCUCUCCGUGGUACUCGUCUAGCUCACUGACAUUGAAGAUCGGGGACGUCGGUACUUCCGGAGCAGCGGAGGUAUUGUGGCAUAUGCUGGCUCCAAGUUCGAUAACACUGCCGAGCAGACACAAGUUGCUCAGAAAAAGAAGAUGGUGGUUCUUGGAACUGGUUGGGCUGGCACAGCUUUCCUGAAAAAUCUUGAUUACUCCUUAUAUGAUGUAAAAGUAAUAUCCCCUCGUAACUACUUUACUUUCACUCCAUUGCUUCCGAGCGUCACUUGUGGAACAGUUGAGCCACGCAGCAUUGUUGAGCCAAUUAGAAAAAUAAUUGGGAAGAACAAACUGCUAUUCAACUGGUUCUUCAUAUUGCUUUCCCAGAAAGGGGAAGAGAUUGAUUAUUGGGAAGCCGACUGCUACAAGAUCAAUACAGUAGGCAAGAAAGUUCUCUGCCGUUCAAAAAUUGGGACAAAUUUGGAUGGAACUGGCGAAUUUGUCGUUGAUUAUGAUUACCUGGUGAUCGCAGUGGGAGCGCAGGUCAAUACCUUUAAUACCCCUGGUGUUAUGGAGCAUUGCCACUUUUUGAAGGAAAUAGAGGAUGCCCGGAGAAUCAGGAGGAGUGUUAUCGACUGCUUUGAGAAGGCUAGCCUUCCAUAUCUUGACGAGGAAGAGAGGAAGAAAAAUCUCCAUUUUGUAAUUGUAGGCGGUGGUCCUACAGGUGUUGAAUUUGCUGCAGAGUUGCACGACUUUGUUGCCGAAGAUUUGACCAAGCUGUACCCUGCGAUCCAAGACCUAGUCAAGAUAUCUGUUAUUCAAUCUGGAGAGCAUAUAUUGACCAUGUUCGACCAAAGAAUUGCUGAAUUUGCCGAAGCGAAAUUUCAAAGAGAUGGCAUUGAUGUGAGAACAGGAUAUAGAGUUGUCAAGAUUUCAGACAACUCGAUCACUAUGAAAUGUAAAUCCACGGGAGAGACUUCUGAGCCUUACGGCAUGGCUGUGUGGUCUGCUGGUGUUGGAACACGCCCUGUUAUUGUUGACGUGAUGAAACAAAUUGGUCAAGAAAAUAGGCGUGUGUUAACAACUGAUGAAUGGUUGAGAGUCUGUGGAUGUGAUGGUAUCUAUGCAAUUGGUGAUUGUGCUACAAUUAGUCAGCGGAAAGUUAUGGAAGAUAUCUCUGCAAUAUUUAAGUUUGCGGACAAAGACAAUUCUGGAACCCUUACUGUGAAAGAAAUCCAAGACAUUUUUGAAGAUUUAUGCAUUAGAUACCCGCAACUGGAACUUUAUUUGAAAAGCAAGCAUAUGAGUGACAUUGCUGAUUUGAUAAGGGAUGCCAAAGGUGGUGAUGUUGAAAAGGGAUCUAUGCAACUAGAUAUAGAUGAAUUGAAAAUUGCUCUUGCUCAUGUGGAUUCGCAAGUCAAAAGUCUUCCUGCCACAGCUCAGGUUGCCGCACAGCAAGGACAGUAUCUUGCACAGUGUUUUAACAGCAUGAGAGAUUGCGAAGAGCAUCCUACAGGUCCACUAAGACUGAGGGAUUCGGGUCGUCAUCGCUUUCGUCCUUUCCAGUAUAAGCAUUUUGGACAAUUUGCCCCACUAGGUGGAGAGCAAGCAGCUGCUGAGCUCCCUGGUGAUUGGAUCUCUAUUGGUCACGGCAGUCAGUGGCUCUGGUAUUCUGUCUAUGCAAGCAAACAAGUAAGUUGGCGCACGAGGGUAUUGGUGAUAUCUGAUUGGCUGCGCCGAUUCAUUUUUGGGAGGGACACAAGCUGCAUAUAGGCAUUUGAUGUUUCUCGAUUCCUUGAUUGUAAAUAAAAAAGCUUUCAAAAAAUUCAACAAAAUAAAGGAAUUAAUUCAGUUUAUUUUGCAUCAUGAUUUACAUGUCUUUUUACAUUCGAAUACCUGUUGAUCAAUCACAGAAAAUUUGCACCGGCAAGCUCUUCCUGCUGACUCCUGAUGUAACUAUUUUUGCACUGUCUGCUUAGACAGUGCAUUGUCUUUAACCACGUUAGCUCCACUGUACUGGUCGCUAGCUGUUGGUUCUUUCUAUGUGCUAUUCUAAUUCACUCUUUAAUUCUCAAUGCAAAUGAUUUCCUAA